CAGCCAUAAAUACACAAAAAUAAAUAAAUCUUACACUUCCAAAUAUAUCCUUGAAAUGGCAGCGAGUUUAGGUAGUGUAUUAUCUAAGCUAGUAACAUAUAUAAUUGUAGUGUUUUUCAUGAGCAAAAUAUGCGAAAGCUCGAAACACAACUCGUCUCGGAAAGCUUUGCACUGGUCGUCUGCAGGCGCGACAUGGUACGGAAGCCCAAACGGCGCAGGAAGUGACGGAGGAGCGUGUGGUUACGGGAACCUUGUUUCGGAAGCUCCAUUCGCUUCCAUGGUGACUGGAAUUGGGCCAUCCCUCUACAAGUCUGGCAAGGAAUGUGGAGCUUGCUACAUGAUUAAAUGUAGGAAGCACCCAUUAUGUUCGCGUAAAAUGGUGCGGGUGGUGAUAACGGACUUUUGCCCGGGAGGAGCUUGCCUAUCCGAUGCUGCACAUUUCGACCUCAGUGGAACUGCGUUUGGAGCCAUGGCGGUCCCUAGCCAACAAGACAAACUUCGUGAUGCUGGCAUGUUACAAAUCCGUUAUGCUAGGGUUCCGUGUGACUAUUCGGGGAAAAAAGUAGCGUUCAAGGUGGAUGCAGGGUCGAACCCAAACUACAUGGCAGUAGUGGUCGAGUAUGAAGAAGGGGACGGAGACCUUGGACGGGUGGAUCUACAGCAAGCAUCGAGUAGCGAGUGGCUAGAAAUGAAGCAGUCAUGGGGAGCAGUAUGGAAGCUCGACCCGGGAUUCGAGCUCCAUCCUCCCCUUUCUAUUCGCCUCAUCUCUCAACAUUCACUCCAAACUCUUGUUGCUAAAAAUGUCAUUCCAAUUGGUUGGCGUGCUGGUGCAACUUAUACCUCCCUUGUUAACUAUCUUUGAAACUUAUAUAUAUCACUAUGGCUUCCGCUGCAAUUUCUUGCAUCUGUGAUGCACUUACCAAUCAUAUGUAUUUAUCAUCACUUUCUUUUCUUUGUUUGUUUGGUUCUUGUUUAAGGCCAAGAGUUAAGAAUAUGAUUUGUCAUAUGCUUGUAAUUAUUCCAAUUUUAUAUCUAUCUAUC